AUGUGCAGCGGCGGUCCGCUUCCAGGGUCACACUGCAGCGUCAUAGCCAUCCUCUACCCAGGAGAUCUGCUGAAGGCUGAGGGACAGAAAGUGCCAGACACAGUGUCGGACGAGAAGGUCGGCACCGGCAUGCUUGCCGCAACGUCGUUCGGGUGGGUAGCCAAGCACGUUGACCUGCUGAUGGGCGAGAAGGGUCGUGGUGCGGUGAGACUCGAGAACAUCAAGACAAAGGGGCUAAAGUCGUUGCGAGACAGCAUGAUGGAGUACAUCUGCAAGCGCAUCGCCGAAAAACGCUCUGCGGCGCCGACAUCACAACCCCCCGACAGUGUGAUUGAUGACGACGGCGCGGAAAGACAGACGGCGCCCCAAGCAGCAGUUGCCGCCCAGCAUCAGGGGAACGCGAGGGUGUUCACGGAAGGAGGAAACGGUGGUGGAGGAGGCAACACUGCGACAUGUGGAGGAAGGAAGGAAGAGGAGGAGUCGGAGGAGGAUUCGGAGUCGGAGUCGGAGUCGGAGUCUGAGGAGGAGGCGGAGAAGCGGAAGGACGAGGAGGAGGACGAGGAGGAGGAGGAGGAGAAGGACGAGAAGGAUGACGGCGAUGCGGAGGAGGAAGGGAAGGAUGAGGAGGGGGAAGGGAAGGAUGGGGAGGGGGAAGGGAAGGAUGAGGAGGGGGAAGGGAAGGAUGGGGAGGGGGACGGGAAGGAUGAGGAGGGGGUGGAGGAAGUGGUGGAGUACGAGGUGGAGUUCGAAGAGGAGGAAGCUGCACUAGAGGCGGUGGGGUCGGUGGAUGAAAAGAACGAGGAAGCGGAGGAUGGCGAUGCGGGUAAUGAUACGAGGUCGGCAGAUGGGGGGAAGGAGAAGGAUGAGGUCGGCGUGGAGGCAAUGACGGAAAAGGGCCGGGAGGAGGCGGCAUGCGAAGGUGGGAAGGUGUCGGUCAACGCCGGCGAAGUGGCGAACACCACGGGCGUGCAGGAGACGGAGGACGCUUCUGGUUGGCAGGGUAAUGAGCUGGACGACGUCGAGCAGGAGUUGGCCGAGCAGGUCGACGACACCGAGAAGUAUGCGGCGGAACAGCUGCGAAACGCGACGGCGGCCACGUCGAAGACAAUCACGGGCAACAUCACCGGCAGCUUCGACGAAGCGUGGAAGACGAUGAAGACCUUCGCGGAACAGGCGACAGCAUGGUUGGAAGACUUCGACAACCCGCAGGGUCGUGUGGCAGUUGCACGCGCGGUAGCGGUCGACGCGUUGGCUGAGCAUGUGACUGGGGUGGUGGGCGAAGCGCAGCGGGGUUUGGAGCUGUACAUCACGACGCAACUAUCCGCCGCGCAGGUCAACAUCGCCACCGUUGUGACCACCAGUCUCCCCGUGCAGCCGCCGCCACCGCCUCCGCCCACGCCGCCCGCCCUCUUGGAAGAGCUCUUGAAGUCAUUCAAGGCCGACAUUAUGAAGGCGGUGACGGAGGCCACCCAGCAGCCUUUCGUCGCUUCUGGGAUGAAGAUGAUGGCCGAGAUGGUCAGCACUGUGGCGCCUGGUCGACGUGGGUCGUCGCCGUCGGCCAAUGACGCCGAUCACGCGCAACGGAAGACGGCCGACAAGCAGGGCCUGAAGAGGACGGGCGACGGAGACGACAAGGAGAGCGCGAAGGGCGACGCGAAACGGAGCAAGGGAUCGGACGGGAGCCGCGGCUCGAAGCCUGCGCCACAGAGCGUGGUCGACCAGUUGAAGACGAAGGCGGGGUGGAGGGUGAUAAGGACGUUGAACACCAAGGGUGGCGGAAGCGGGACGGCAGAGGGUGGCCCUGCCGACGGGGCUGCCGCUAACGUCACCGCUCAGCCAGGCCCGCCUUUGGUCGCCGAGAAGACCCAUCCUCAGGCGAGCAGUGGGAAAGUCGUGACCGACAAGGAGGUCCAAACUGCUCAGGCGGCGGAAGAUGGCGGCGCCGGAACCACCAAGGGACGGUCCGUCGCUGUGGCGGCCAAGGGCAAGACGAAGGCUGCUUCUGCUACGGUCCUCGGCACCACCAAGUGCCCUCCCCGUAACCCCCCUGCGGCUACCAGCGCGCCUGCCGGCCAGUCAGGUGCGACCAAAGAUGGGAAGGCCCGUGCGGCCCCUCCAGCUCCAGGAGCCCCGGCUGCCGUCAAGGGCGGCGCGAAGGCUGCUUCGGCUAAGGGCGCUACUCCGGCAUCAGCUAAGGGGCCCCCCGGUGCUGACACGCUCAGGGAGAUGCUCCACCGCAUGGAGGCACAUAGGAGGGACGUGCAGCAGCAUCCCGUGGUCGACGCCGGCCUUGCCGGAACAGCACGUCGCUCCGUCACUCCGCAGGUUGCCGGCACAUCGUCCGGGGCCCCACCUGCAGCGCAUCCGGUUGCCGCCCCAACGCCUGCGGACUCCAAGUCAGCGUUUCUGCGCGCCCAUUUAGUCGGACGCAAAGCGGCUGCUCCACCUGUGACUCAGCAGGAACACGGCAAAAGCGCGACGACGACGUCGGUAAACGCGACCGCACCCUCACCAGGUGCAGGUGUGGUCGAUGCGGCGGCGGAGAGGGGAGUGAGUGCAGCGCUAGCCACCGGCGGCCGCCCCGACAAGCAUGCCGCACUCGCUGCCUUCCUGGCCCAUUUUGAUGCAGCAGAACGCCCUGAGCACGCCCCUGCUCUGGCCAUCAUGGACACGGCGCAUGUGGGGCCGUCGGCGACCCACGGUGGGGGAUCGGCGGAGCCGACGGGUGCAACGGGUGCUGUCGCCGAGAGUAAUGCGGGAGGGCAGGGGAAGGUCGACACCGAGAAAGGGAGCGCGGUCUCUCAGAGGAGCACGCGGGCGAUGUCGGCGGGGAAGGAGAUGUCGGAAGAGAAAGGGAAGAAUGCGGAAGGGAGUCAGGACAAGAAGGGCGGCAAGAGUAAGCCGGCGAAGAAGAAGGAGAAGGCGGAGGAGGAUGACGAGGAGGGCGGCGAGGGAGAUAAAGAACGCAGGGGGCAUGGCAUCCGCCAAGACAGGUCCGGCGACGGGCAUGGGUGGGUGGGCGAGAUUAAGGUAAACGAACGGAAUCGAUAUAUCGGCAAGUCGAGGGAGAAGAUGGAGCUGGCCUACGAGCACGCGAUUGCGUACGUCGUCUACGACGGCUAUGUGAGCAAGGUGCUCAUGAAGGAGCUCACCGUCUUGAAGCCGGGGGAGUUGGAGAAAUGGAAGGAGGUGUGGGAGGAGGUCAAGUUCUUACCGACUGGGUUGUGGACGGUGAUGUGGGCCAGAGGCUUGUGCCAUCCGAGAGCAAGGAUCAACGACAUACUCGGCAGGUACCGUGGGUACGCAAGGUCGGGUGAUGCGCUUCAUGGGGUGCUCUGGCCGGCGAUAUGGUUCCCCAUCAUCGAAAACACAGAGGAAGGCAAGGAGGAGACGGAGGCUCUCAUGUCGGCGAUGGUAAAUCGCGUGUCGAUGUGCGCGGCGUAUGGGAAAGUCGCAGCGAGCGCGGCGUUUGGGAAGGUCGACGCGAGUGUAGAAGGGAAUGCGGGAGAGAAGACAGAGAUGGAAGGCACGGAGGGGAAGGCGGACGAGAAGACGGAAAUGGCGGCCCAUGCGUUAGCGGCAUCUGCAUGCGCCCUCUGGUGCUUCGUGGAGACGGGAGCGUCGUUGCUCGGUGCUGUGGGCGAAGGGAAGGCGGCGGCGAUGGUCGCAGGUGCGGAGGAGGAGAGGGCUGAGACAUUCAAGAAGGUGAUGCACGCGGUGAUCGACUUAGCACGCAGUCGGGAGGCUCCCGCGGGGGAGGUUGCCCAUUACGUUGCGCCAUCGCUGCAGCGCCACGCAGUGGUCAGGGCCUUCGAGGAGGGAGUUGAGGAAGUCGAGGCCGACAUGAUCGCCAGAGCGACGGUCGAGACCUUGGCGUUCUGGGGAAUGUGCCCCGUCGCCGGGCCCAAGCUAAAAGAGCAGGGCAUCGAUGUGCCGUGUGACGCGAAGAUGGAGUACGAUAUGGAUCACAGGGGGAGGAAGGGGGAGAAGGUCAAGCAGGGCAAGGGCAGCAAGAGGAAGAAGGGCAAGGAGGGCAAGGGCAGUACGGAUGCGUAG